AUGGCCGUGUACCGCGUGUGUGUGGGCACUGGUCCCUACCUGAUGGCCGGCACACUGGACAGCAUUUUUGUCACACUGGUGGGCACAUGUGGUGAGAGCCCCAAGCGGCGGCUGGACCGCGUGGGCAGGGACUUCGCCCCUGGAUCGGGGUCCACCUGCCUCUGCCAGGCCCCAGGAUUGUUUGCUGGUGGCCUACAUAAGGUGCAGAAGUACAAGGUACGCUGCUCAGAGGAGCUGGGGGAGCUCUUGCUGCUGCGGCUCCACAAGGAGCGCUACGCUUUCUUCCCCAAGGACUCCUGCUGGAAAGUCUACGCCCCCGUCAGCAGCUUUGAGGAGGUGGAGUCAGAUAAGAAAUUUGCUUUGAUCAAGACAGUGUCUUGUGCAGACCAGGGCGACAGCAAGGGGAACAGGUACCUGCCCGGCUUUCCCAUGAAAACUGACAUCCCGUCCUUGCUGCCCACGGAACCCAACAUUUGCUACUCGGCCACCAAGACGACCUCGCUGCUCUUCAACGCCAUCCCUGCGUCCUUGGGCAUGAAGCUUCGAGGGCUGCUGGACCGCAAGGGCUCCUGGAAGAAGCUGGAUGACAUCCGGAAUAUCAUGUGUUGCCACAAGACCUUCACCUCAGAGUACGUCACUGAGCACUGGUGUGCAGACCACUUCUUCGGAUACCAGUACGUGAACGGUGUCAAUCCUGUCAUGCUCCACUGCCUCUCCAGCUUGCCCAGCAAGCUGCCUGUCACCAAUGACAUGGUGGCCCCCUCGCUGGGACCAGGCACCUGCCUGCAGACAGAGCUAGAGGUGGUCAAGCCCUCAGGCAUCCUCCAGAAGGCUGGAGAUGGGGCUGCAGACUACUGGAUCCUGGCAGAGGUCCCCGUCCACUGCAUAAACGGCCGUCCGCAGUACGCGGCCUCCCCGCUCUGCCUGUUGUGGCUCAACCCCCAGGGGGCGCUGGUGCCCUUGGCCAUCCAGCUCAGCCAGACCCCCGGGCCAGACAGCCCCAUUUUUCUGCCCACUGACUCCGACUGGGACUGGCUGCUGGCCAAGACGUGGGUGCGCAACUCUGAGUUCCUGGUGCACGAGAACAACACGCACUUUUUGUGCACGCAUUUGCUGUGCGAGGCCUUCACCGUGGCCACGCUGCGUCAGCUGCCGCUCUGCCACCCCAUCUACAAGCUCCUGCUUCCGCACACUCGCUACACGCUGCAGGUGAACACCAUCGCACGGGCCACGCUGCUCAACCCAGAGGGCCUUGUGGACAAGUCUCCUACUUGCCCCGCCCACAAACCCUGUCUCCCUCCCUUCGAUCCCACCCACUGGCCGCACCUCUUCGGGCUCGGGUUCCAAAGGCUCCUAGAGUUGGGCAAGGCACCCCGGCCUGAGCACAGCCGCCCGCUGACCCUGCGUCGGCGCUCCCCUCCCGGCCUGCCCGGCCUUCAGUUUAUUCUUCUAGUUCCCACGUGCCUAAGGAUUACCGCCUACGCGCGUAACAGCCUGCGGGCCCGCGGACUCCUGGAUAUCCCCAACUACCAUUACCGAGACGACGGCCUGAAGAUCUGGGCGGCCAUUGAGAGUUUUGUCUCAGAAAUCGUGGGCUACUAUUACCCCAGUGAUGCGUUUGUGCAGCAGGAUUCGGAGCUGCAGGCCUGGGUUGGAGAGAUCUUUGCUCACGUGUUCCUGGGCCGGGAAAGCUCAGUACCCCCUUCAGAGACCACACCUUGGCUUCCCAUGCAGGCUGUGCACCCGGGAGAGCUGGUGAAGCUCCUCACUGCAGUCAUCUUCAACUGCUCCGCCCAGCACGCCGCCGUCAACCAUGGGCAGCAUGACUUUGGGGCCUGGAUGCCCAAUGCCCCGUCAUCCAUGAGGCAGCCCCCACUGCAGACCAAGGGGACCACCACCCUGAAGAGCCACCUAGACACCCUCCUGGAAGUGAACACCACCUGUAGCAACCUUCUCCUCUUCUGGUUGGUCAGCCAAGAGCCCAAGGAUCAGCGGCCCCUGGGCACCUACCCGGACGAGCACUUCACCGAGGAAAGGCCGCUCCGGAGCAUCGCCAUCUUCCAGAGCCGCCUGGCUCAGAUCUCGCGAGACAUCCGGGAGCGGAACCGGGGCCUGGAGCUGCCCUAUACCUACCUGGACCCUCCCCUCAUCAAGAACAGCGUCUCCACUUAA